GCGCCCGGGGAGCGGCGCUCCCCUCCCCCGCCCGGUGGCGGCGGCUCCUCCCGCGGGGGGUGGUGCGACGGCGGGGGCAUCCGCGGCCAUGGCGGCGUCCGCUGCGAACCCCGAAUUGACACCAGACGUUCCAUCCCUGGGUCCAGCCAUUGUCUCUGGGAACCCUGGGGCUGGGAUUCAAGGUGGAGGAGCCGUUGUCCAGAGAGCUAUUAAACGUCGACCAGGGUUGGAUUUUGAUGAUGAUGGAGAAGGGAACAGUAAAUUUUUGAGGUGUGAUGAUGACCAGAUGUCUAAUGAUAAAGAGCGGUUUGCCAGGUCGGAUGAUGAGCAGAGCUCAGCGGAUAAAGAGAGACUCGCCAGGGAAAAUCAUAGUGAGAUUGAACGCCGGCGACGGAAUAAGAUGACAGCCUACAUCACAGAACUGUCAGACAUGGUGCCCACCUGCAGUGCCCUGGCUCGCAAACCAGACAAGCUGACCAUCUUACGCAUGGCAGUUUCCCACAUGAAGUCCUUGCGAGGAACUGGCAACACAUCCACCGAUGGCACCUAUAAGCCAUCUUUCCUCACUGAUCAGGAACUGAAACAUUUGAUCCUGGAGGCAGCAGAUGGCUUUUUGUUUAUUGUUUCAUGUGAGACAGGGAGGGUUGUUUAUGUCUCUGAUUCCGUCACCCCUGUCUUGAACCAGCCACAGUCUGAGUGGUUUGGCAGCACACUCUAUGAUCAGGUGCACCCGGAUGACGUGGACAAACUUCGUGAACAGCUUUCCACUUCGGAAAAUGCCCUGACAGGGCGUAUCCUUGAUCUGAAGACCGGAACAGUGAAAAAGGAAGGUCAGCAGUCUUCCAUGAGGAUGUGCAUGGGCUCACGGAGGUCCUUCAUUUGCCGAAUGAGGUGUGGCAAUAGCUCUGUGGACCCCAUCUCCGUGAACAGACUGAGCUUUGUGAGGAACAGAUGCAGGAAUGGGCUUGGCUCUGUGAAGGAGGGGGAGCCUCAUUUUGUGGUGGUCCACUGCACAGGCUACAUCAAGGCCUGGCCGCCAGCAGGUGUCUCCCUUCCAGAUGAUGACCCAGAGGCUGGCCAAGGUAGCAAGUUUUGCCUCGUGGCCAUUGGUAGAUUGCAGGUAACUAGUUCUCCCAACUGUACAGACAUGAAUAAUGUUUGCCAACCAACAGAGUUUAUCUCUCGACAUAACAUUGAGGGGAUUUUCACUUUUGUGGAUCACCGCUGUGUGGCUACUGUCGGCUACCAGCCGCAGGAACUCUUAGGAAAAAACAUUGUAGAAUUUUGUCACCCUGAAGACCAGCAGCUUCUAAGAGACAGCUUCCAACAGGUGGUGAAGUUGAAAGGCCAAGUGCUGUCUGUCAUGUUCCGAUUUCGUUCCAAGAAUCGAGAAUGGCUCUGGAUGAGAACCAGCUCCUUUACUUUCCAGAACCCUUAUUCAGAUGAAAUUGAGUACAUCAUCUGUACCAACACCAAUGUGAAGAACUCUAGUCAUGAAACCCGGCCAACACUGACGAGCACAAUUCAGAGGCCACAGCUCGGUCCCACAGCUAGUCUGCCCUUGGAGCUGGGCACAGGCCCGCUGGCCCCCAGGCAGCAGCAGCAGCAGACAGAAUUGGAUGUGGUGCCAGGAAGAGAUGGACUGGCCAGCUAUAGCCAUUCCCAGGUUUCUGUCCAGCCUGUCAGCACCACAGUGCCAGAGCAUAGUAAGCCCCUUGAGAAGGCAGAUGGUCUGUUUGCUCAAGAUAGAGAUCCAAGAUUUUCAGAAAUCUACUCCAGUAUUAAUGCAGAUCAGAGUAAAGGCAUCUCCUCCAGCACUGUCCCUGCCACCCAACAGCUAUUCUCCCAGGGCAGCACAUUCCCUCCUACCCCCCGGCCGGCAGAGAAUUUCAGAAACAGUGCUCUGGCCCCGCCUGUAACCAUCGUGCAGCCUUCAGCCUCUGCGGGGCAGAUGUUGGCCCACAUUUCCCGCCACUCAAACCCCACGCAGGGAGCAGUGCCAGCUUGGACCUCCAGCACCCGCCCAGGCUUCUCGGCCCAGCAGACUGCAGCCAAGACUCGGACUUCCCAGUUUGGGGCGGGCGGCUUUCAGACCCCGGCGUCCUUCAGCUCCAUGUCCCUUCCGGGUGCUCCUGCUACGUCCCCUGGUGCUGCUGCCUACCCCAGUCUCGCCAGCCGUGGAGCCAACUUUGGUGGGUUGAGCCUCAGAAGAAGAGGAACAGUGACCCUGCAGAGAGAAGGAUCUGCUCCUGAAACUGGCCAGACUUCAGGACAGUUCCAGACACGGACAGCAGAGGGUGUGGGUGUCUGGCCACAGUGGCAGGGCCAGCAGCCUCAUCAUCGCUCAAGUUCUAGUGAGCAGCAUGUCCAGCAGGCAUCUGCACAACAGCCUGGCCAGCCUGAGGUCUUCCAGGAGAUGCUGUCCAUGCUGGGAGACCAGAGCAGCAGCUACAACAGCGAAGAGUUUCCUGACCUGACUAUGUUUCCUUCCUUUUCCGAAUAGAACUGUCGGGGUGAGGACCAAGGGGUGGGGGAGAAAAAUCACCGUUUAUUUUUGAAAAUCAAAUCUUUCUGUAAGCAGAAUAAAAGUUGCUCUCCCUUCCCUCCCUCACCCCCGGUAUGUACGCGAUCCCUGCUGCCUCUCGGAGACCUCUCUCAGAUGCUAAACCGCGUGGAUCCUCAAGGCUUUGUGAACCCUGGGGAAAACGAGGCUGGGCGGUGCCAAGAAUGCCUUUCCGUCUGCCAGACCGGAAUGUGUGCUGGAGUGGUUUCUGUUGGGGUCCGGCGAAGCACCUAAGGGCCACUCUGUACCUUGGAUACUGAGGGGGCGGAGAGUCGAAAGAA